ACGAAUAUUCCUCUUCACUUAUUGUGCACCAGCGGGGCUCCAUUCGGACAAAACGAGUAAUUGUGUAUUGUUCGACAAUGUGUUCACCCGGCUGUUGCACAAAUAAACGAGUUUCCAAGCUUAGAAAGACAGUAGAUGAUGACGCGCCUCCGAAAUUAAUUGUACCAACACCACAAAGCCUACUCUAUAGCUAUGAGGCUUGUCAGGAAGCCGCCGAUUUCAUUACAAAGAACUCGGAAACUCGUCCGAAGUUUGGCAUAAUAUGUGGAUCGGGUCUUAACGCACUAGCUGAGAUGCUGGAGAACCCGAUGGUCUUUCCAUUCGCAGACAUACCCCAUUUCGUAGAGCCAGAUGAAGAUCAUCCGGGCAAAGUAUUCGUGGGUACUCUAAGAGGUGCUACAGUUAUGGCUAUACAAGGACGAUUUCAGCUCUACGAGGGCUACACAAUGGCUAAAAGCGUAAUGCCUGUACGUGUCAUGAAGCUCUGUGGUGUCGAGUAUCUGUUUAGCACGAAUGCGGCCAGCGCAACCAAUCCGCAGUACGGAGUCGGUGACAUUAUGCUGUUGCGGGAUCAUAUAAAUCUGGCAUAUUUACUAACGGGUGUUUCCCCACUGCAUGGGCCCAACGAGAAACGCUUUGGUACCCGCUUUCCCGUGCUGGUGGAUGCCUACGAUCCGACCUUGAUUGAAAAAGCCUUGGGGAUCAGCAAUACUCUGGGCCUGGAGGACCAUGUACAUGUGGGCAUUUACUCAUGCCUGGGCGGCCCUUUCUACGAGACCGUGGCCGAGCAAAACGUUCUACAGUUAUUCGGCACCGACGCAGUCGGCAUGUCGACGGUGCACGAAGUGAUUACGGCCCGCCACUGCAAUAUAAAGGUAUUUGCUUUCAGCAUAAUCACCUCCACCGCCCUGGACUCAGAGGGCAAAACGGAACAUCACAUGAGUAUUUCAGAAGUCACCCAUGUUACCAAAUUGCGGCAACAGGCCUAUUGUGAACUAAUCGCACGCCUCAUCUAUGAGGUGCAGAAUGCGGCGUAAAAGGAGGAUGGCACGUGGAUGCAUUUUGGGAAUUAAAACGAUUGAGUAAACAAAUAAAAUUCAAGCGUAAUUAAAUUGAUUUCAAA